AACGAGAAGCUCGCUUUUGUGUUCGUGUGCGCUCGGACCAAUCAGGAAGCGCGGACGUUCUGCAGUAGGGAGAGAGGCCCAGUUUUAGCGAUGGAGCUCUAAUCGAGCGUUUAGCUGGACGGAAAUAAAGACAGAAAGCCAAAACAAACGAUAUUUGGAUAAAGAGCAUAAAGACAAAAGCAGGAGCAUUAGCUUACCUGCGAGCAUGUCUGUGGAAUCCGCUCCAGACGAAGCCAUGAACUCCAGUCCAGUGCCGACUGUGGAACCCCCUGUGGUUCCUUCACCUGCCUCAGACCCUCAAAACCCACACUCGGGGUUCUCAGAGCCCAAUUUGCAGCAUUUAGACGAACCUGAAACAGCUCCUGCACCACCACCGGGCGGAGUAUCAGCCUUCAAGAUCAUGACUUUUAGGCCCACCAUGGAGGAGUUUCGGGAUUUUGCAAAGUACAUUGUGUAUAUGGAAACUCAAGGAGCUCAUCGUGCAGGCUUAGCUAAGGUCAUUCCUCCUAAAGAAUGGAAGCCCAGAAGCUCCUAUGAUACUAUCGAAGACAUGGUCAUUCCUGCUCCCAUCAUGCAGGUGGUCACGGGUCAGUCAGGACUUUUUACGCAGUACAACAUCCAGAAGAAAUGCAUGACUGUGGGAGAAUACCGCAAACUGGCCAACAGCAAAAAGUACUGCACUCCUCAGCAUAAAGACUUUGAUGAUCUGGAGAGAAAGUACUGGAAGAAUCUGACAUUCGUGUCACCGAUCUAUGGUGCAGAUAUCAGCGGCUCACUAUAUGAUCCUGACAUAUCGGAGUGGAACAUUGGUCAUCUGAACACGCUGCUGGACAUGGUGGAACAGGAGUGUGGGAUCGUGAUUGAGGGCGUUAACACCCCCUACCUCUACUUUGGAAUGUGGAAGACCACGUUUGCCUGGCACACAGAGGACAUGGACCUCUACAGCAUCAACUACCUGCACUUUGGCCAGCCCAAGUCCUGGUACGCCAUUCCCCCUGAACAUGGCAAGCGACUAGAAAGACUGGCAAAAGGCUUUUUCCCUGGCAGCUCUCAGGGAUGUGAUGCAUUUCUUCGUCACAAGAUGACGCUUAUAUCUCCCUCCAUUCUGAAGAAGUACAGCAUCCCUUUUGAUCGAAUCACACAGGAAGCGGGCGAGUUCAUGAUCACGUUCCCAUACGGCUACCACGCAGGGUUUAACCACGGCUUCAACUGUGCCGAGUCAACAAACUUCGCUACGCUGCGCUGGAUCGACUAUGGAAAAAUGGCCACGCAGUGCACGUGCCGGAAGGACAUGGUGAAGAUCUCCAUGGACGUGUUUGUGCGCUGCUUGCAGCCAGAGCGCUAUGAGCUAUGGAAGAAGGGCAAAGACGCCACCAUCCUUGACCACCAGAAGCCCACCACACUGAACAGUCCUGAGCUGGAGCACUGGAGAAAGAACAGGGUGACCUUUAGGGAAAAACAGCUCCGCAGAGCUCAGCAGAAAAUAAAGCAGUUGCGCAGACUUAAGCCUGAGGAGCUAAAAUUGCUGUCCGAUGAGGGAAUCGAGCUGGACAUGGCUGAUUAUCAGAAGCAGGUGGAGGAGAAGGAGGCCCAGAGGAAGCAGCAGAAGGAGGAGAAGAUGACCAGAGAGGCCAUGCUCACACUGGAGGCACUGGAAAGGGAGGAACAGGAGGCAGCACUCAGAGAAGAAGCUGAAAAGGAGCCAGAGCAGGCAGACAAACAAGAGCAAAAGCAGAAGAAGAAAAAGAAAAAGGUACAACCACCUGAUGAAAGCAGCUUCAUGCAUUACGAGGCCCAGAGUAACGGAGGCACCGCCAUUGGCAGCUCUGAUCCCAGCUUACAGACCAACUCGUACCCGAAGAUGAAGAUGAAGGUGGAAGUGAAGAAGAGUCGCAGGCAUCCGUUCAGCAAACCACCCAUGCGCACACCCACAUUCAUUGUCAAACAAGAGGCUUCCAGUGAUGAGGAGAUGUACUCAGGGCUGUCAGUAGGCAGCUCAGUGGAACAGGAAGUGAAGAAGCCAGAUCAGUGCCACUUGUGGCAAACCCUUUCACCUGACUUUGUGGCAGAGAAGCAUUUUAAUGCUGGCAUGGCGACUCUGGAGCCACACUGCGCUGUCUGUACCAUGUUCUGUCCAUACACACAGCCCCAUAAGGAAAGCUCCCUCGGCUCCGAUGUUUCUGAGUCUCGCUGUGGUGAACAGACUCGGCCCCUUGUGCCUGAGAUGUGUUUCAGUGCUGGCAUGGCAAACACAGAGCCGCUUCCCUCCAGUGCCGAGACAAGCACACUGCUCUCCUGCUCCUGCUGCAAUCUGCAGGUCCAUGCCAGUUGCUAUGGCGUUACGCCCGACACUCCACAAGAAAGCUGGAUGUGUUCUCGCUGUUCUGCAGUGGCCUGGACUGCAGCCUGCUGUUUGUGUAAUCUACGAGGAGGAGCUCUGAAGAUGACCACGGACAACAGGUGGGUGCACGUCAUCUGUGCCAUUGCAGUGGCCGAGGCUCGCUUCGUUAACGCUGUGGAGAGAGGCCCAGUCGACGUGUCUGCCAUACCUGACACCAGGAAAAGUCUUAAGUGUGUCUUCUGUCACAAGACCACGAAGCAGAUCUGUGGGGCGUGUAUUCAGUGUUCGUAUGAGAACUGCUCCACCUCCUUCCACGUCACCUGUGCGCACCUGGCCGGCGUGGUGAUGAAGCCCGCUGACUGGCCGUACGUCGUGUCCGUUACUUGUCACAAGCACAAACAGAGCAACAUGAAGCAGGUGAAGGUGACCUCACGUGACCUCGCUCUGGGGCAGCAGGCCAUAGGCAGGAACAGCGACGGCUGGUUUUAUCGCUGCACCAUCAUCGGCAUCGGCUCACAGACCUACUACGAGGUCAACUUCGACGACGGCUCCUACUGCGACAACAUCUACCCCGAGAACGUGCUGAGUCAUGACUGUUUGCGUAACGGCCCUCCUGAACUUGGUGAGCUGAUGGUUAUAAACACGUUAAACGGACGCGUACUUAAUGCCUCCUUCGUCAAAGAACACGUGCACAAAUUUUAUCAGGUGGAGUUUCAGGAUGAGACCCAGCUGUUGUUGAAGCAGAGUGAGAUUCACUCCCUCCAUCAGGAGCUUCCUAAGAGAGUGCAAUCUCGUCUGGUGACCGCGAGCACUGCUGACUCUCAGGACAAAUUGGGCGAUGAGCCUCAGGCUGCAAAGCGUCCACGUUUGCCCAUUUCUACCGCCACAGCAGCUAUGGAGUCCCUGGAUCCCCCUCUUCUGGUCCAGGCGUGCCCUGGUGUCACCCCUUACUCAGGAUACAGUGUUACCCCCAGCACCAGCGCAACCCCCCGCCCCUCCACACAGUCAGUACCCAGUUCCACCCCUGGGCUCGUGUCCUCCGCUAACGAGAACUACACACACAGCUCAAGUUACAUCGCCUACAUGGAGUCUCUGCUUAACUCGGACUUCCCUCCAGAGGACAACAGUCAGGCACAGCGGCCCAUGUAUUAGUGCUAACACACUCGGAGGAGAACCUACUGCAUGUUUCUGUUUAUUCUAUUGCUGUUCUUUUUUUUUUUUUUUUUUUUUAAUAUUAUAAUUAUUUUAUUAUUAUUAUUAUUAUUUUUUUCACACCCCUGACCACUGCAUAUGGUCAGGGCAAUAGGAAGUGAGUGUGUAUGCGCUUUCUGGGUGUCCUGAACCACCGUCCCUCAUGCAUUAAAUCCUUUGAUUCCUUGUGUACAUUCUCUCGCUCAUGGAGAGAAAAAUGGACAUGUUUUUUGGACUGAUUAAUGUGCAACACACUUUAUACUGAAUCCAAGCAAUGCAGUUUGAUGUAUUUUUCUAAGUUGAGCCACAACACCCACACACACACACACGCGCAUAUACACAUGCUCCGGCAUCGGACAGUAAAAAUGGACAGUCUGUUCUUGUACAGGAUUUUUUUUCUCCAUGUUUGGAGGGACGGGAGGUUGAAGGUGUCUGUGGGACGGGGUAGCGUGGGUGGGGUUUUUUGGGUGGAUGACAAAUCGGGGUUUAACUCAAGUAUUUAAACGUCUUUGACACAUAGAUUUAUUAUUUGUAUAAAGCAAAUACGGUGCCGUUAGCUCCGCUCUUUUGCCUGAGAGUCGGUGUAGAGGUGAUGUCUUUAUGAAUUCUUGUUAACGCUUAUACUCGAUACGUCAUGGUGUAUUUUCAGUGCCGGGUGUUUGGGUUUUGUAGCAGACUUCGUU